GGCGGCCCGCGGAGGGGGCGGGACAACCGUCCGGCAGCUACCGAGUGUGUCCGCGGGUUUGUGAGGUGGCCUCGGUCGGGCCCAGUGGCUGAGGUCACCCGCGAUGCCGAGGCCAGAGCCGGCAUCCUCGCCCCUCUGAGCAGCUCUCGGCGCGGAAGGCUCAGAGAGUGGCUAUGGCGGAGUCCUCCGCGCCCGGGCGCAGCGAGUCCCCAGGCAGCGGGAGCCUGGCGGACGAGACGGAGGAGGAGGAGGAGGAGGAGCGGGAGCCGCUGCUGCCGCGGAUCGCCUGGGCCCCGCCGCGGAGGGGCGCGCCGGGGGGCGCCGUGAGGCUGGUGGAGGCUGGAGGCGAGGAGGGCGCGGCCUUCCCUCGCGAGGCUGGCGAUGAGGAACCGCUGCUCCCGCACAGGGACGCGCCGCGCUGCCCCUCCCGGGGCCCAAGAGGCCUCCGGAACUCGCCCACCGACCCGGACCGGAUCCGCCCCGUGGGUUCAGAGUUGAACACAUUCUUGGAUGAUCCUGAAUUUGCUGAUACUAUAUUGAAAGCAGAGCAAGCAAUAGAAUAUGGAGUUUUUCCAGAAAGAAUCUCUCAAGGUUCAAGUGGAAGUUACUUUGUGAAGGAUCCUAAGAGGAAAAUUAUUGGUGUGUUUAAACCAAAAUCAGAAGAGCCUUAUGGUCAACUGAAUCCAAAGUGGUCCAAAUACGUUCAUAAGGUCUGCUGUCCCUGCUGCUUUGGCAGAGGCUGCCUGCUUCCAAAUCAGGGAUACCUUUCCGAAGCUGGUGCCUCCCUUGUGGAUGAAAAGCUUCGUCUGGGCAUUGUACCUAAAACAAGGGUGGUUUGGCUUGUCAGUGAGACAUUUAACUACAGUACAAUUGACCGUGCAAAAUCUAGAGGCAAAAAGUAUGCUUUAGAGAAAGUGCCAAAAGUAGGUAGAAAAUUCCAUCGGAUAGGACUCCCUCCUAAGAUUGGUUCCUUUCAGUUGUUUGUUGAAGGUUACAAGGAGGCUGAAUAUUGGCUUAGGAAAUUUGAAUCUGACCCUUUGCCUGAGAAUAUUAGAAAACAAUUUCAGUCACAAUUUGAAAGAUUGGUUAUUUUGGAUUACAUCAUCAGAAAUACAGACAGGGGAAAUGAUAAUUGGUUAAUCAGAUAUGAAAAGCAGAAACAUGGAAAGGAAAUUAAGGAAGCAACAUGGAUUGAUGAUAAAGAAUCGCUUAUUAAAAUAGCUGCAAUUGAUAAUGGUCUAGCAUUUCCUUUUAAACAUCCUGAUGAGUGGAGAGCAUAUCCAUUUCACUGGGCUUGGCUUCCUCAAGCAAAAGUUCCUUUUUCUGAAGAAACAAGAAAUUUGGUUCUACCAAGUAUUUCUGAUAUGAACUUUGUGCAAGAUUUAUGUGAAGAUCUUUAUGAACUUUUUAAGACUGACAAAAGAUUUGACAAAGCCACUUUUGAAAGUCAGAUGUCUGUGAUGAGGGGUCAGAUCUUAAAUCUCACUCAGGCCUUGAGAGAUGAGAAGAGUCCCGUCCAGCUGGUGCAGAUGCCUUGUGUGAUUGUGGAGCGCAGUAAAGGUGGCAGUCAGGGCCGGAUUGUCCACCUCAGCAAUUCCUUCACCCAGACUGUCCAUUGCAGGAAGCCAUUUUUUUCCUCCUGGUAGCAGAUGUAAGAGUAAGAGAAACAAACUGUUUGGCGUUAUUGCAUUACUGAAACAUUAUGGUAAUGUAAAUCUGUUAAGAGCUCCAUUUGCCAAAACCUUGAAUAAUGUAAGUCUUUAAAAGGUUAUCUUUGAAUGUAAUCAAAAGUUUACAGUUUUUUUUCCAAAUAUUAAAUUUCUAUUUCAGGGAAGAAGUGAUAUAUCUCCUAUAUUGUAUUUUUGUAGAAAAUUUUUAUUUUAUGUCGAUGUUAGUCUAAAAAGUAAUUUCAUGGUUUACACUUUCUGAAAUGAUAGUAAUUACUUUAGAAUUCCAGGCAGAUAGGUAUUUGUUGACUUUGAAUACAGUAAUUUUCUAUAUACUUUUUAAACACUGAGAAGAGUGUUCAUGCUAACUCUUCUUACAUUAUAAAAAACCUUUGAGGGGGAAACUGCUCUUAAGAACUUUAACAGAGUAGCUGAUAGAAAAACAAGUAAGAAUAAUAAAGCAAUGUUGCCUUAACUUAAAAAGCUGCUGUUUUAGAACUUGAAUAAGUACCCCUAAAGUGACCAUUAUUAGCACCACCAGAAAAUUAUAUUUUGGUUAAGUAACAGACGACCACUUUCUUUUUUGUAUUUCAGAAUAUUUUUGUUCAGUUAUUUUGUUAUAGAGAAAGCAAUCUCAAGAUAUCCCCCCUUUUAAAAAAAUGGAAGCACUCAACUGAGAUUUGAAGUGAAUAAUGUGAAACUAAGGUAGAUCUCCAAUAUUUUCAAAUUCCAAAAUAGCAUUAAAAAUUCCCUUUUGGUUCUUGCAUAGGAUCAGUUACUUAAUCAGUAAUUUAAACUACUGAUUUUGUUCAAUUUAGUACUUCAAUUAGUAUUAAACUUCACUGAAAAGUAAACCAAACCUCAAAAGUACACAAUGGAUUGCAUUUUGGGGUCCUAGGACAAUAAGCUCUUAAAAAUAAUUGUAGUAUUGUAGAGUACUUGAAAUUACUGAUAUUACAAUUACAGUCAACUUUAGAAUAUCAGCCCUAUUUAAAUGGGAACAUGACUGAUAGAGCCAUAAAAUCAUUUAUAUUUGAUUUUGAAUAUAGUAUGUCUGAUAUCCUAAAAAUUUGUAGCACUUUUAAAUCACCAAGUGAUUUAAAUUGAGAUGAGCGCAAUAUAAAGAUGUGAUUCCAAAGGAACAAAAGUUUCAUUCUCUAGACUGCAAAGAAAUAACAUCACUCUUCAAACUAAACUGGGCAGUUUGUAGUCUUGGCCUUUUGUUUUUUAAACUUUCUGUCAUGUGCUUUUCUUUUUAAUGAAGUGUUUUUGUGUAAAAAGAAUUUCCUGGAGGUUAAAUUAGGAUGGAAGACAGUUCUGCAGUUUCCCCUAACUUCACAUCUUUCUCUUGGACUUCAUGGAUGUGAUGAGUGAGAACAGUGCUGCCUUAGUAGCAGUUCAUUGGAAACCUGUGUCCUCCUAUCUCCCCAGUCCUCCGUGAUCUUAAUGUUGAGAUAAUGGAAAAUUGACUGGAAAUUCAAAACUCAAGCUACUAUCUUUAGAUAAGUCCUGGUAAUUAAAAUGUGCCUUUUCAAGAUGUGUUCUUAAAGAAAUACGUUGUUAUGAUGUUGAUAUGACUUUCAUAAAACAAUUUUUUCAGUACUUUGAGAAUUGCCAUAUAAUUCUUAUAAUGGAAAACUUAGUAAAUUACUAGUUUUAUAAAAAAGUAAAGUUGAAAUAUGUAAGAUGUGAUCACAAGUUAAAGUACAUUGGUUAUUUUUGUAAAUUUUCAUGAACUUAAUUCUUAUUUAAACAUUGUGCUAAUUUUUUCAGUAAGUAUAUUUAUAGUGUCAAAUAUGGUAAAGUAAAAGUAAUAAAAAUCAUUGUUUUAAGGCAAGAUUUCUCCUGAAGUAUGUAUAUUGAAUAUUUAGAAUGUUUGCAGACACACUUAUGUUUGUAAAUGAUGUCAAACUACCAUUUGUUACUCUAUAUAUUAGUGGCAUAAUUUAAUUUUUUAUAAUUCCAGAAAAUAUGUUUUCUUCUUUAAUUAGCAACAUUUUAAUUUUAAUUAUAUGCUACCUUAAUACCUUAUUCUCUCCCAAAUUUGUCAGCAAUUAAAACUUGUAGAAACAUUUCUUUUUGCAAACUUGAAAACAAUUUGAUUCACAAAAAUUUUUUUUGAUUCAAAGUUCUGUACUGAUGGUGUUAAAACCUUAUUUAAAAAAUGAUGAUGAUAUGUUCUUUGAUCAGAUUACAUUUAAAGAUUUAUAAACAGACAAAUAAAUUCUUAUGUUUCCUAA